AUGUCGAACGACACCAGCUCGAGCGGGUCGACACCGACGUCCCUCAACUACCAUCCUGCCACCCACGAAUUCGGAACGACCGCCACGCCAAUGGUCACCGGCCAAGUUCACGGCGCGACUAGGCGUAGCACUCCUCAUGCCAAUUCCACCAAUUCCUCCAGCCCUGCACCAACUUCGAGCGGCCGGAGAGCUGCGCGACCGCCAAUGGCUCUUUUUUCAUCCAAGAUCUGGGCUUCACCGUCGCAUCAGCCAAUCAGAAGCGCCGGGCUUCCACCCAAGUCCAGCUGGGAGAGUUUUACAGACCCGCGCACUUCACUUCACUCUGCGCACGAAAGCGGCUCGCCUACCUCUUUCAACUCGCCUCACCCGGAGGUCGCGUCGGACAGUCGCUACGCCAUCAGUCCACUUGGCUCCUUCGACAACAACAUCGACUACGCGCAGAGCAUGAACAGUCACGUUGCAAGCACCAGCUUUACACCAGGAUCCAAGGGCCUGCAUUUCACGCAAACUGAGCAGUACCAUAAUUCGAACUUGCGUCCAGGUGCAGCGCAUCAGCAAGGACGCAGCAAGAUGUCGCACACUGAUCCACUUCCACAGCGGCCUUUCGCUGGGGCCGAGCAGAUCACGGAGGGCUGCUCAAGCGCUGGCAGCUCCUCCAGCUUCCACUGGAAGCCUGGCACUCCACGCUCCUCGGCCUCUGCCAGCGCUAGACAACUGCCAGGACACCAGCAACAAGACCUCUCCUCGGAUAGUCAGCAGUCUCCAGGCAGUGGCUCUGUGGCUCUGAGCGAUCACUAUACUAGGAUCAACCCAGAGCAGACUGGAGCCAAGGGAGAUGUGUGGAUGGAGAGACCAAACCCACAUAGCCUUCGCCGCGCGCUGCAGGAUCCAAAAGCUGACUGGUCAGAGGCCUACCCGGGCUCGGUCACCAUCCUGACUGCAAUGAACCCGGAAGCAUAUCAGAUGCCGUUUGGUGUAAGUUACCUUGCAUCGUUGCAGCAACCCAGCACUAAUGAUGGUACAGACCCGCGUCGUGAACAUCAAGACCGAAUUCCCAGAGAAUGUUCUGAAGUCCAUUCAAGAAGGCAAAUACUCCGUGAUGGAGAAGAUUGCGGACCGCAUCAUGCAAGUUUGGAAUGCCCGAGAGGAUCCCGCUGAGAAAGUGCUCUUCCUCUUCUCCAUCAAUGGCAGCAAGAAGUUCUGCGGCAUUGCAGAGAUGUCGGGUCCGUGGGACCGCAACGGCUCAAUCAAAGGCUGGAAGGACAAUCAGACUGCUCUCCCAAGCGUCGGGUGAGUACAACACUGCACAAUCUUCCAUGCACCUGACUAACGUGACCGCAGCGUAUUCCCAGUCACUUGGGUCUUCAUUAAGGACGUCGCCUAUCACCAGUUCUCGGGCAUCCGCCAGCCGCACAAUCACCAUUCAGUCGGCAACAUGUGGAACGGCAUGAACUUUCCAAGCGACAUUGGACGGCAGGUGAUCGAGACUUUCGUUAGAAGCCCAGCGACUUCGAGCAUUCUCGGCUUCCCCAAGAACUAUCCGGCGAACUUUGGUCUCAUGCCGGCCGGAGUGGACAGCUACAGCGGUGCUCUCGCGCGUCGCGGAGGCUUCAACCCACGAGGUGCUCGUGGAGGACGCGGCUUCCGUGGUAGCUAUCGCGGUGGAUCAUACAGAGCUCUCGGCUGGCGUGACCAAGGUGGUCAUUACGAGAGCCAGUCUGAUGAAGAGCGUACACCGGUUCCUGCAAAGUCGAAGUUGCUCACGGACGUCAAGGUCGAGCCACCAAAGAUCAAGUCCGCGCCGCCUGCCGGUGUUCAUUUUGCUCCUGGUGAACUCAUGACCGUCACAGUCGACGAAAAUGGAAAAUUCCUUUUUGUGGCUGUGGGAGGCGAGGAGCACAAGAACUCGGUGUUUCCUCCUCGCGGUGACGAACUCAUUAGCAGCAACUUCACGGAGAGUCACGAUUCCGCUGCUGCGCACGGAGGCAAUUCACAAGUUGGUGUGCUCGGCAAGCGAUCAUUCAGCAGCCUCCACCCCUCGGAACCUUCGGCCUCUACUCUGCGUGAGCAGGGUCGACUGGUAGCUACAGCCCACUACUUCGAUACCAACCCUGAUCCCAACUCACUGUACAGUAAUGCCAGUCAUUCUUCCUGCUUGGACAGCGGCAGCGGCAUCCGCGCGACAGGCCCCGGCGCUUAUGGCGCUGGAGAAGAGACACCAACCCACCGUCCCGUUCCGCAUGGCGGAAGAGUUUCGAUGAUGGUAGACAUGCAGCAGUCUGCUCUGGUCUCUCCGAACGGCAGCCCGACUAAACCAUUGACCGAAUAUCAGCUUAAGGCAAAGUUCCAUGCGCUUGCUGCGGAGCAGUAUACCCUUCAAGAUCAGCUGUUGGUCGUCACUCAGUCGGACAUGAACGUUCGCCUGCUCCACGCCAAGCUCGCUCGUGUUCUGGCAGAGAAGCGCGAGGUGCUGGCUCAGCUGUCUUCGAUGGGGGUGUUUGGCGAACUCGAGACCUUCUCUUCAAUUCGUCACGACAGCUUCAGCUCUGCAGACGAAGCUUCCAGUUCUUCGCCAAGCGGAUACGAUGUCCGUGCCAAAAACGGACGGCGCCUGCGUUCCAUCUCGAAGCUGAACUCACCGGAGCGCCAACAGCAGGCAGAGUUCGACAAGGCUCCUGGUGGCAGCGGUCGACAGAAGGGCCACCAAGAGAGCGACUCGGGCGAUUGGCACGUUAAGAAGAGCAUUACCGACCUACUCAAGAGCCCCGAGAAGGAAGCCGUCCCUGCUCGUCCGGCUAUCGAGACUUCCACUUUCUUCCCGGAGAAUCUUCCUUCCUCGGCCACUCGGAACGCCUUGAGCUUCAAUGCUUUGGAUGACAAGGCUGAGGCCAAGCCAGGCGCCUUCAGCGCUUCCGCGUCUUUCAGCUUCCCUCGUCUCGGAGAACUCGGAGCUGUCUUCGAGGGCCAGAAGAAGAACUUCAGCUUCACGGGCGCAGGCGAGCAGACUGAUCGCAAGCCAAGUGCGCUCGGUACUCCCACGUCCUCACGGUUCGCUUUCGGCCCACCAGCGCAGACGAGCGGCUCGCCCAAUGGGGUCCCGAAGAAGAACUUCAGCUUCACCGGCCCUGGCAAGCAGAGCGACAAGAGCCCAGCUCUGCGUAACAGCCCCAGUCGCGCUGCUGGUCUUGGACUGCAGCAGCAGGAUGACGACGUGUCCGACGUUACCAGCGACGGCGACAAUGAGCCAAAGAAGAACUUCAGCUUCCAUGGCCCAGCCGGCGGUGUCCGCUUGGGCUGA